AAUACGGUUAAUUUCAUAUUUAAGGAUGUGAAAUGUGAAUACAACAAAAAGUAUUUUUUAUUAUGUGACGGAAUUCACCAACAUCAUUCAAAAUGGAUAACUCGGCUAGGAAGAAUUUAGCUAAGAAAUGCUCGACCUCCCCGCGACUGGAUCAACCAUAGUCUAUUGCCGCGUGUGAACAGCGGAACAUCAAACUCGUCAAACUCCCCGGACACUUCAAAUUAUUCCGAUUCCAUAUUUCAAAGGGAACUUCUUAUCACAUAUCACUGAUGUUCGAUUAAUCUCCAAAACAACCACUACAAAUAAAUCAGUUAAUGAAACACAGUUUCAAGGAGAAACGCUUUGCACUCAGCCUAUAAGCAAACAACGGAUUAGGAUUAAAUCCCAGACCUAUAUCUGAACGAUAAUUUCCAUUGUUUUCCCAUACCGAAACAGGAAUCGGGACCGAGUGAUUUGUAUUAGGAGGCGUGUCUUGACGACCAGUAUGUUUCUAUGACAACAGGAAAGUGUUGUAUCGAUAUUACAGUGCUUACCCAGUAAAGCGCCCGUCUACUCACGAGCAGUUCAUCUCGUAUCGGAAAUAAGCGAUACUAUAUGUUACAAAGAACUUGUAUGAGAAGACGUUUUAAGGUUGAUGAGACCAUCGUCUAGGAUGUGUAUUAAGCGUGUAAAGUAUACACGUGAUUUUCGUGUGUGAUGAUAAUUUAUAUAGACCAUGAGUCCAUCGGGAAGUACGAAUGUUCCAUGUCUAUAGAGAAAUCACUGCGGAAUUAAUCCGGAAUAUAAUUGGGUAAUGUUGACUGUUACCAAUUAGAUCGCUCAUCACUGAUCUCGUGUGGAAAUAUUGGGUCACGGUUGAUGGAGAGUUGACAGUAUACAUUAAAAUCCCGAGUUAGAUUUAUCCGGAUGAGCAGAUACUAGUGGCCAGUCAGUUCGAAGCAAGGGAAUUACACUUAAUGGAAGAAUACAAAUAUUAGCAAAAGCUACAUAUCAGUCAUCACGUUUUCUUCGUGUCGUCGUUGAACUGCGAGAUUGUUAUUCACAGGGAAACUGUUAAGUCAGCAUACUGUAAUUUCGGUUCAGUUUUUAAAAUGAUAUUUGCUCUACAUGUAUAUUACAUGAGACAUCACGAGAAUAAUGGAAAUGAAGAAAGCCCAUUACCUCUUUAUUUCAACUGAGAACUAGACGUAUGCUGCAAGCAAGGAUCAAAUAUGAAACAUCUGAGAGAGCGCGCACGUGUUAAGCGCACGUGAAAUUGUUCCAGAUAACGAACGUCCCACGAGACUUGCGCGCGAGUAUUAACGUGCUGUGUACAUUCAAUACUGCGAUAGAAAAUCAACACUACAUAUCCUCGUGUAUUCCAAAGCUGUCCAUUACCAGCUUCGGAUAAAACGCAAUUUUCAUAAAUAUUUGACAAGGCAUGUUGGGUAGGGUGACUGUUAAGUACAGUGUUUGAAGGCUGUCCCCCACGCCUCCUGGAUCACGUGACUUUUUCGGUCCCACGUCGCGAGGUGGCGCUGUGUUCUAUGUUUACGUGCACGUCUCGCCAUCUAGGUUCCAGAUUGUGUGAAUGACUCGGCAGUGAGGAAACAAACGUGAAAUACCGACAACAAUCGAUCGGCGAUCCCUGUGCACCUUCACAGCAGCAAACUGCAUUUUUAAUGGUAUUUGUUAAAGAAUGACAGAUGACAGUGUUCAUGUAAUGUCAGGGGCGUGUCGUUCACACUAAGGGUGUGGCUAAUACAAGAAGAAGGGGCGUGGUCAAUUAAUUAGGGACGUGAUUGAACUCUCAAUAGGGCGUGACUUCGAAAGUGCGAGUCAUAUUUACUGACACGGCAUUUUGGUGGAAUCAUUAAAAAUUAACUAAGGGCGGGGAUUGUGUGUGUUAAAAUUGUCAACUUAAACAAUAACUGUUUUAUGCAGCACAGAGAUAAUUAUUUUUUCUAGAAAUUGUGACCAAUUAACAUUUAUUUGUAUCCGUAUUCAUGGUUAGGAUUAACGCAAGUGUACGAGUGCGUGGGAAACAAACUGGAAUGUAGAAACCUUUAUAUAAACUGUGCGUGUUUAAUCAUUAAAGUGAUCCCAGUUUUGUGGGGGCGAGGACAUCCGCGUGAAGACCACCGACAAUAGCUGAAAUUGCCUAUAAGGUCCGGGCUAGUGUUCAAUGUACUUAUAUUUUGGGGAGAUAUUGAGGAAAGCGUUAGUGUAAACACUGGUUCGUUAUAGCCAGCCGUUUCGGUUUGUGAGCCACUCUUCCAAGCUUAAACUGAUCAAUAUUUGCCAAAAACAGCUCCCUUGGCGCUUAAGUGAUGACAGACAACCAAGAGUAAUCUAUAUGUUCCAAAUCUAAAUGAUUGGGUCAUUACAUGCCCGAACCCAGGGGAUUGUAGCAGCGGGCACGUGUGACGGUAGGAGAAUUAAGGUUGUGGCGUAUAUAUUGGUAAACACUCUCUCUUGUAGGCUACGACAAAAUCUGCCCGUGCUUUCAUUUGAUUAGGAGAAAUCCUAUAUGUGUUAUCAUUCCCGGUGACCAAACUGUGCAGUGUAUUUCUACAAAACCGGAAGUGAUAUAUGAUUCCAUCAAACGAUCCGUGUUAUCAACAAAGAAUUGUCUGUUUGGUACCAGGACUCACUUCUUCGUGAAAUUAUACAUAUUUUUCAUUGAAGCGAAUUUAAAACCUUACUUCAUGUGGAUUUACAAUCUAGAAAAUAUAAGCUUUUGUCACAUAUCAAUUUGUUAGCGACUUUCAUGCAAAAUGUUGUGUUCCUGUGGUGAACAGUCACGUGACUCAGGACCAAUCGUUGACCUUGAGAAAACUAUUCAGGACUAUGCAUGGCGGGAAUUGAAGCGUGAUGCUCGGUGGUAUCAGGGACCUUUACUGCGCAGGUCGUGUUAUGAUAUCGAGGUUCCGUGGAAUUUUUACGAGUUUGAACAUCAGACGGUGAGAUUUGCUCCGAGACACAACCGUCACACCGUGGGAGACGGUUUUCGGGAACGCAAACACGUUGAGUUGUUUUCUACGGACUACAAAAAUAAUACUGGGAAAGAUCAAAUAUAUAAUUUAAAAACACAACGACAAACAAAAGCACUUACUAAUGUGACUUUCCAGCGAGGGUUUAAUAUUAAAGGCAAAGCUAAUUUUAAACUGAAAAUUCCAGAACGAUACGGACAUUGUGGCGUGACCGCUAGCGCUGAUGGGCAUCUCAGAGUAACCAAGUGUCGAGGGGAAACCCUGGACGAAAUGUUCACGUGGCAAGUCGACAGUGACAUCACAGUUGACCCCUAUCACGUGACAAAGGUCACGCUAGUUGUAACUGAAGACGAGUUUAUUGCAGAUUUUGAAGUGCGAACAACGAUGAAGAUGACCACUGGUGAAGCCCCUAUCAUCUUGAAACGCAAACGGGACAAUCAUAUACACGCUGUAUUACUUAUCUCAGACCUAGGUGAGAUUUUUGGUGAUUUAGGCUGUCCUGUCAUAAAUGUUUUGAAGGGAGAUGAAGGCGACAAGCAGAGUUGCGCCAUUGAAAUUAUAACUACUGGAGUAUUAGAAAGUCUUCGAUGGAGAGAUCAGCGGAUCAGUAUUGAGUCCCGCCCGAUCGGACCUUCGGAAACUGAACCUAACGACAACCAUUACGACGUACCAAUGUACUCCAAAGAUAUAUAUUCGCGCGUCAUCAAGCACGCGACGCAAGAUGAUGACCUUCCGGUUCUUGAUCGUGACAAGAUCAACGAUAGUUCUGUAGGAGUUAAAACGGAAACCAGGGACCUGCGGUUCAAGAUCAUUCCAAAGAUUGUUACUGAGAGCCCGGAUGAAGUUUUCACAAAAGAAAGCGAGUCAGCUAGAUCGGAAUCCCUCACAAGCCCGGUUUAUCCAACUGUGCGCAUCGCCGACAAAGCAGAACCCGGCGAUCACGCGGACAGGGCCAACAAGGUGGACCAUCCUUCGAGUAGAGAGAGGGGGCUUGAGAGGUCGGAGAAAGUUAUGGAGAGAGACAGCGGUAGGGACUUCGAAUACGUUAGAAGGCCGUUUGAAAUCCCUCCGCCAAAACGACCGGAUCCGCUUCCGCCUUACAAGCUGACGUUUGAGAAGCCGCUGAAGGUAAUCAGAGAACUAAGUCUCGAGGACAAGAAAUCGCAGGCUGACGACGAUUCAGAUAAACUAGGAACGCCAGAUUCUUCCGACUCCCAGAAGUUCUCUAAGGUAACAAGUGUUUGAUGAAAUUUGCUACUACAAUUUAGCUAGCUAGCGUAUGACGGAGGUUACACGGCAUUGUGUGCUUGUAAAAGGGAGAUAACUCCAUCUAACUAUCUUUUGAAAUUUUACAGGAGAUGCAACAACCGUGUCUUCGCGCAUGGGACGUGAGUGUCUAGUCGGAAACGCGCGCAUACGCACGUGUUUCGUCCGAUCCCUACAGGGCCAGUAAAGAACUAUUGCAUUCGUCUUCCACGUACGUGAGAUUGAACGAGUGGGACUUUUUUGUGACAGAGGUCAGGACAGGGAGAGUGACUGAUGGCUAGGGAAUGAAUUUAGGGCACAAUUUAUCACAGAACGGCAGGAGUGACACAAGAGUAUGAAAACACUUAGAAUAGUUUUUGUUCUUAUUUCUAAGAAGUGCAUGAUUUGGGAUUACAUAUUUACCUACACUGUAAAUUAAACUGAUUUUUCACUCGGAGAAAAAAUACAAUAUAAUAUUAUUCAAUAAACAACUGUUGAUCGUUUUGCACAAAUUGUAUAAACAAUUAACGUGAUUAUGUGUAUUUGCCGCGCGUUCCCACAGCGGAACUUUAGUAUGUUUUACGGUAUGAGACAGGGACACCAUCUUUUAUAACUGUUAUUCAAAACACAACGUAAAUCUAUAAUAUUUAAUAUACCUCACGUAUUCAACUCACUGCUAUGUAUCACUAGUAUAGCCAUUUCCGCUUCCUGUUGGGUUGAUCCGGGUAUUCAACCCGGCGUUGUAUUCGACCUUGAAGUCAUCCUCUCUAUCUCACCCUGCAUAUGUGUACGGCUAAGCUACACCAAAUUAAUUCUUUUUUUCUUCUCUGCACAUUCUUCGGAGCAUGUUUUACCGAAAUUCCACUACCCAUUAGCUAAACACGGUAAAAAUUGGUAAAAAUAAAAGUAAAAUAAAAAAAAUAAAAAAAUA